UGUGGACAUCAGGGGAAAGGUGCUGGGCCAGGGCCACGCCGGGCCAGGCUGCAGGCACGUGACCGCCCAGGGCCCCUGGCUGCCUGCCCCGGCCGCCCGGCGCCUCCCGCCAGACCCUAUAAGGCCCGGGAAGUGGAGCCGCCCGGCCGCUGGCUGACGGGCCUUCGCUUCGUGGGACCCUCACGCAGCUCUGACCGCUACCAUGUCUGCUCGGGACGAAGGAGGCCGGGAUCCCCCCAAGUCUAAGGGCAAGGGCCUGAGUAAUUUCUUCGGGUCCCUGCCUGGCUUCCGUUCUGCUCGGAAUCUCAUCAGCAACACCCACAGAGAUGCCCAGCCCACAGCACCCCCCAAGGCUGCCCGUCCCCAGGCUCAGGGGGCCACUGGCCAGGAGCAGAUGUCUUGGGACGUCGACCAGCUGUUGUCACCAGCAGACAAGAUGAUCUCUGGGGCCAAGGACCUGGUGAGCUCCGGGAUGAACAAGACCAAGGAUGCUGUCUCCUCUGGGGUGGCCAGUGUGGCAGACGGUGCCAAAGGCGUGGUGCAGGGAGGCCUCGACGUGACCCAGUCUGCCCUCCAGGGUGCCAAGGGGGCGGUGACAAGCGGAGUCACAGGGGCAGUGGGCAUGGCCACAGGAGCUGUCCAGACCGGCAUGGACACCACCAAGACAGUUUUGACAGGCACCAAGGACACUGUGUGCAGUGGGGUGACGGGGGCUGUGAACGUGGCCAAGGGCACCGUCCAGACUGGCCUGGACACCACCAAGACUGUCCUGACAGGCACCAAGGAUACAGUGACCGCUGGACUUACAGGGGCAAUGGGUAUGGCCAAGGGCACUGUCCAGACUGGCCUGGACACCACUAAGACAGUUUUGACAGGCACCAAGGACACUGUGUGCAGUGGGGUGACUGGGGCUGUGAACGUGGCCAAAGGGGCUGUACAGGGAGGACUGGACACCUCCAAAGCGGUGUUGACGGACACCAAGGACACAGUGACCACUGGCUUCUCUGGGGCCAUGAAUGUGGCCAAGGGCACCGUCCAGACCGGCCUGGACACCACCAAGACCGUCCUGAUGGGCACCAAGGACACUGUCAGUAGUGGGGUGACCGGGGCCAUGAAUGUGGCUAAAGGAGCUGUACAGGGAGGACUGGACACCUCCAAGGCUGUGCUGACGGGCACCAAGGACACAGUGACCACUGGCCUCUCUGGGGCCAUGAACGUGGCCAAGGGCACCGUCCAGACCGGCCUGGACACCACCAAGACUGUCCUGACGGGCACCAAGGAUACAGUGACUGCUGGACUUUCAGGAGCAAUGGGUAUGGCCAAGGGCACUGUCCAGACUGGCCUGGACACCACUAAGACAGUUUUGACAGGCACCAAGGACACUGUGUGCAGUGGGGUGACUGGGGCCGUGAACGUGGCCAAAGGAGCUGUACAGGGAGGACUGGACACCUCCAAGGCUGUGCUGACGGGCACCAAGGACACAGUGACCACUGGCCUCUCUGGGGCCAUGAAUGUGGCCAAGGGCACCGUCCAGACCGGCCUGGACACCACCAAGACCGUCCUAAUGGGCACCAAGGACACUGUCAGUAGUGGGGUGACCGGGGCCAUGAAUGUGGCCAAAGGGGCUGUGCAGGGCGGACUGGACACCUCCAAGGCUGUGCUGACGGGCACCAAGGACACAGUGACUGCCGGGCUCUCUGGCGCUGUGAAUGUGGCCAAGGGCACCGUCCAGACCGGCCUGGACACCAGUAAGACCGUCCUGACAGGCACGAAGGACACAGUGACCGCCGGGCUGACUGGAGCUUUGGGUGUGGCCAAAGGGGCAGUGCAGACGGGCCUGAAUACCACCCAGAAUAUUGCGAUGGGCACCAAGGACACAGUUUGUGGGGGGGUCACUGGGGCCGUGAAUGUGGCCAAAGGGGCCGUCCAGACGGGCCUGGAUACCUCCAAGGCUGUGCUGACAGGCACCAAGGACACAGUGACUGCUGGGGUCACAGGGGCAAUGAAUGUGGCCAAGGGCACUGUCCAGACGGGCCUGGAUACCAGUAAGACCGUCUUGGCAGGCACCAAGGACACGGUGACUGCUGGGCUCACUGGGGCCAUGAAUGUGGCCAAGGGCACUGUCCAGACGGGCCUGGACACCUCAAAGGCCGUGCUGACAGGCACCAAAGAUGUGGUGUCUACUGGGCUGACCGGAGCUCUGGGAAUGGCCAAAGGGGCAGUGCAGACGGGCCUGAAUACCACCCAGAAUAUCGCGACGGGCACCAAGGACACCGUGUGCAGUGGGGUGACUGGGGCCAUGAACUUGGCCAAGGGCACCGUCCAGACCGGCUUGGACACCAGUAAGAAUGUACUGACGGGCACCAAGAACACAGUGACCAGUGGGCUUACAGGAGCACUAGGUAUGGCCAAGGGCACCUUCCAAACUGGCUUGGAUACCACUAAGACCGUCCUGAUGGGCACCAAGGACACUGUCAGUAGUGGGGUGACCGGGGCCGUGAAUGUGGCCAAAGGGGCUGUGCAGGGAGGACUGGACACCUCCAAGGCUGUGCUGACAGGCACCAAGGACACAGUGACCACUGGGCUGACCGGAGCUCUGGGUGUGGCCAAAGGGGCAGUGCAGACGGGCCUGAAUACCACCCAGAAUAUCGCGACGGGCACCAAGGACACAGUCUGUGGGGGCGUCACUGGGGCCAUGAAUGUGGCCAAAGGGGCCGUCCAGACAGGCCUGGACACCAGUAAGACUGUCUUGGCAGGCACUAAGGACACGGUGACUGCUGGGCUCACUGGGGCCAUGAAUGUGGCUAAGGGCACUGUCCAGACGGGCCUGGACACCUCAAAGGCCGUGCUGACAGGCACCAAAGAUGUGGUGUCCUCUGGGCUGACCGGAGCUCUGGGAAUGGCCAAAGGGGCAGUGCAGACGGGCCUGAAUACCACCCAGAAUAUCGCGACGGGCACCAAGGACACCUUGUGCAGUGGGGUAACCGGGGCCAUGAAUUUGGCCAAGGGCACCGUCCAGACUGGCCUGGACACUACAAAGACUGUCCUGACAGGCACUAAGGACACAGUGACCGCCGGGCUGUCUGGGGCCAUGAACGUGGCCAAGGGCACUGCACAGACUGGCCUGAACACCAGUAAGACCGUCCUGACGGGCACCAAGGAUACAGUGGCCGCUGGGCUCACAGGGGCACUGGGUGUGGCCAAGGGCACUGUCCAGACUGGCCUGGACACCACCAAGACAGUUUUGACAGGCACCAAGGACACUGUCAGUAGUGGGGUGACCGAGGCCGUGAAUGUGGCCAAAGGGGCUGUGCAGGGAGGACUGGACACCUCCAAGGCUGUGCUGAUGGGCACCAAAGACACAGUGACCACUGGGCUGACCGGAGCUCUGGGUGUGGCCAAAGGGGCAGUGCAGACGGGCCUGAAUACCACCCAGAAUAUCGUGAUGGGCACCAAGGACACCAUGUGCAGUGGGGUGACCGGGGCCAUGAACUUGGCCAAGGGCACCGUCCAGACUGGUCUAGACACCAGUAAGAAUGUCCUGACGGGCACCCAGGACACAGUGACCACCGGGCUCUCUGGGGCCAUGAAUGUGGCCAAAGGCACCAUCCAGACCGGCCUGGACACCAGUAUGACUGUCCUGACGGGCACAAAGGACACCAUGACGGCCGGGCUGACUGGAGCUCUGGAAAUGGCCAAAGGGGCGGCGCAGACGGGUCUGAAUAUCACCCAGAAUAUUGCGACGGGCACCAAGGACACAGUCUGUGGGGGCGUCACUGGGGCCGUGAAUGUGGCCAAAGGGGCCGUCCAGACGGGCCUGGACACGUCCAAGGCCAUGCUGACAGGCACGAAGGACACAGUUUGUGGUGGGGUGACCGGAGCUGUGAAUGUGGCCACAGGCGCCCUCCAUGGAGGCCUGGACACGUCCAAGGCCAUGCUGGCGGGUGCCCAGGACACAGUGGCCACCGGGUUCACGGGGGCCAUGAAUGUGGCCGAGGGGGCAGUGCAGAAGGGCCUGAACACGACCCAGAAUAUCACGACGGGCGCCAAGGACACGGUCUGUGAGGGGGUGUCCGGGGCUGUGUCCUUGGCCACGGGGAUGGUCCACGGGGGCCUGGACGCAUCAAAGACCUUCCUGGCGGGCGCCAGGGAUGCCAUGUCCACCGGGCUGACGGGAGCGGUGCAGAGUGGGUUUAGCUCCCUCCAGAGCUGGCUCCCGGGGUCCCAGUCGGGCCCCACCGGAUGCAGAGGCCCCACCCAAGGAGGUGAGGAGACUGCUGGGGGCCCCCAGGAAGCUGUCCGUGUGGGGGUGGCCUCUGCGGUGUCUGCGGCCACCUCUCCUGCCUCCACCCUGGCCUCCACCACGCACCGGGACCUGCUGGGGGACAUGGGGGAGAUCUUUCACCCCAUGAAUGCCGAGGAGCAAGCCCAGCUAGCGGCCUCCGCGCCGGGGCCCCAGGUGCUCUCGGCUGACCAAAGGAGCUACUUUGUGCGUCUGGGCAACCUGGCCCCCGGCUUCCGCCAACGGGCCUUCGAGCACGCCCUGUGCCACCUCCAGCACAGCCAGUUCCAAGCCCGGUCAGCGCUGGCGCAGCUUGAGGACUGCUUCGGGGAGGAGCCUGACGCCCGCGCUCUGUCCCGGGCCUGUGGCAGCCUCCAGCAGCUGCACGUGGCCUACAGCGGCCUGGCCUCGGGCCUCCAGGGGCUGCCUCCGGAGCUGCAGCCGCGGCUGGGCCAGGCGCGCCAGAGCCUGUGUGAGCUCUAUGGCCUGGUGUCGGCCACCACGGCGGGCGGGCCUGGCGCCGAGGUGGCCACCGAGCAGCUGGGCUCGAGCCACGAGCGUGUGCGCCAGGCGUGGCAGGGGCUAGAGCAGCUUCUGGAGCACUUGCAGCAGAGUCCCCCGCUCGGAUGGCUGGUGGGGCCCUUCACCCUGCACCCGGCGGGCCAGCAGCCGCUGUAGCUGCCCCCCGCCCCGAAGCAGCACCAGCUCCUCAGGGUCUCUGGACGGGGCUGGUGCCCGCUGGGGCAAUGAGGAGCCCCAGGCCACAGCCCCCAUACCCCACUGCCGCCCCUGCCACGCCUUCCAGCCCUAACUUAGGAAUCGGGGAGCAGAAGACCCUGGGCAAGGGCCCGCCCCUACUCUGAAAACAACCUAAGGGGUAUGUACCUUGCACGCAGCCCACCUGGGUUCAAUCCCCGGCACCUGGAGAUCGCACCAGGAGUACCCCCGAGCAUCACUGGGGGGUGGCCACCCCCCAGGUCCCGAAAAGCUAGUUUCCCAUUCAGCUCUGCCUCCUGGGAGCCUUGUCACCCUCAGGGCAGGGGGCUCUUCUGGUCCCACAUAGUUGGGGGUCGUCCCUUAGAUACAGGACACAGGCCUCCCUUCCCGACUGGGACGUUCAACAGCACGGCCCCUGGGCAGCAGCUGCUAGAGGCACACUCGCUCUCUGAUGCUCACAGAAACGCAUUUUCUAGAGUACAGGGCGGGCGGGGUGGCCCCCGUCUCCCCAUGCCUGGUGAGUCUCUCGGGCCUGGCCCAUGCUCCCUCCCUGUCUCUGCACCCCUUUCUUUUCAGAAGUCUCCAUCUUUCUAGACCCAACAGGUGGCUGCAGCCAGUCGGAAGCUCUGGGCACCCCCCAAGUCCGGAGCUAAUAGCAGGAGAGCUAUGGCAGGAGGUAGCAGAGGGGUGCCCUGAGGCAUGACGCCCCCGUUGUCCGAAGCAGGGCUUCCUAUCGCCUUUGGCUGAGCCCAGAGACGGGACCUGGGGAGACAGCACUGGCCUGGCCAGAGGACGGAAUGUUGGGGUGUUGGUUUACACCAGGCUCUGACUGCCCUUGACCCUGCCUCCUGGGGUCCCCUUUAGGAACUGGGUCUGCAGCUGCCACAAAAGAAAUAACCUGAGUGGCACCAGCAGGGGGGCUGCCAAGUGGGCAGUUUAGGGAGACAGUGGCCAGGCUCCGGCAAGGGAAAGCGGCUGCGUCCACUCACGGGUGGCAGAACCUCAUCCAGCACCAGCUCCUCAGAACCACAAGUGUGGCCACAAGUCCCUGGGUGUGCUCUCCUGCCCAGUCCCCGGCCACACGCCCACUGAUUCCUGCGCUUGUCCUACUGGGUCUCCAAUGCACCCGGCAUCCCUUUCUGAAACCUCACCUCAUCCACCCUGCCACCAGCACCUCCCUGCAGUCGCCGCCUC